AUGCCUAACAUGCUGCAAUCAUCCCGCAUUACAUACACUAACAUUGGAGAAGAACCCCAAGCCCAAGGCCAGGGCCUCGUCGGCCCCUUACUUUGUAAGCGUGGUUCGGUUGCCGAAGCCGAAAACAAAAUUGCUCAUUUCAAUGAGUUUGUUCUCCAAAAUAUGGCAAACAAAACCAUACUGAUUUUUGGUUCUUAUUGCAGACCGCCGAGGAGAACAUCAAGUUCGGCAUCAGAAAACUGGCGGACUGGACAGAGCGCCUGGAGGCGCGAUCUUCUGGCCCCCAGGGUCAGUCAGCUGUUGACGCGGCGUUGGCCAAGGAAAUGGCCGAAAGAGCGGCCACUCAGGCCAAGGAGAAGAAGAAGAAGAAGAAGAAGAAGAAGGAGAAGGGAGAUGAAGAGGAGAAGGAGGAAGAUGACGAGGAGUAAAUGUUUUUGUUUGUUUUGUUUGUGUCAGUAUUCUCAAAACCUGAGCAUGAUUGACGAAUGCUAA